AUGUAAUAGUUCGAAUUAUAACGGUAUUUGUUGUUUUUGCUUUACAUAUCUUCGUUUUAUCAAGACUGCUUAUAGUUUAUAAUAAAAACAAGAAAAAUGCCAAGUGAAAUAAUUACCUUACAAUUGGGGCAAUGUGGAAAUCAAAUUGGUUUCGAAUUUUGGAAACGUCUGUGUCUGGAACAUGGCAUUUCGCCGACCGGCAUGUUGGAGGAGUUCACCACCGACGGUUUGGAUCGUAAGGAUGUGUUUUUCUAUCAGGCCGAUGAUAAUCACUAUAUACCCAGAGCUGUGCUACUGGAUUUGGAGCCACGUGUUAUACACACAAUUAUGACUUCCACAUAUGCUAAGCUUUACAAUCCCGAAAAUGUGUACCUAUCCAAACAUGGUGGUGGUGCUGGCAAUAACUGGGCCUCCGGCUUUAGCCAGGGUGAAAAGCUACAAGAGGAGGUGUUUGACAUUAUUGAUCGUGAGGCAGAUGGCAGUGACUCCUUGGAGGGUUUUGUCUUGUGCCAUUCGAUUGCCGGCGGAACUGGCUCCGGAAUGGGUUCUUAUAUGUUGGAACGUUUAUCCGAUCGUUUCCCAAAGAAAUUACUACAAACCUAUAGUGUAUUUCCCAAUCAGGAUGAGAUAAGUGAUGUUGUCGUUCAGCCAUAUAAUUCAUUGUUGACACUGAAACGUUUAACCAAUUGUGCUGAUUGUGUUGUGGUAUUGGAUAAUACCGCCUUGAAUCGUAUUGCCUCGGAUCGUUUGCAUAUUGAAAAUCCAACAUUUACCCAGAUCAAUACAUUGGUAUCGACGAUAAUGUCGGUUAGUACUACGACGCUGCGUUAUCCGUCGUAUAUGAACAACAAUUUGAUAGGUUUAACGGCACCCUUGAUUCCAACGCCUCAGCUGCAUUUUCUGAUGACCGGCUAUACACCGUUGACAACGGAUAAUGAUACCAAUGUCAAUGUGCGCAAAACCACAGUCCUGGAUGUCAUGCGUCGCCUGCUGCAACCCAAAAAUAUGAUGGUCUCCUCGGGACCGGAUAAAACCAAUCAUCAUUGUUAUAUAUCCAUAUUGAAUAUUAUACAGGGUGAAGUUGAUCCCACCCAAGUCCACAAGUCGCUGCAACGCAUACGAGAACGUAAACUGGCCCAGUUUAUACCCUGGGGACCGGCCAGUAUCCAGGUGGCAUUGUCACGCAGUUCACCCUAUGUCCAAUCGAAUCAUAAAGUCUCCGGAUUAAUGAUGGCAAAUCAUACGGGUAUAACAUCGCUGUUUAAUCGUGCCCUAGCCCAGUAUGAUAAGUUACGUAAACGCGGUGCCUUUUUGGAUCAAUUCCGUCGUGAAGAUAUGUUCAAGGAUGAUCUAUCGGAAUUGGAUAAUUCCCGGGAUGUUAUCGACUGUUUGGCCCAGGAAUAUGAGGCGGCCACACAGAGUAAUUAUCUGCAAUGGGUGCCCAGGAAUCGUGGAGAAUAGGAGGAGAGAGAUAAUUUGUUGUCGUUUUAAAUCGAAUUGUAAUGAAAGUUAUUUUAAGUUCCUUAUGGUCACCAUGCAAGCAUGAGACAUUCAUAAAAUUCCUGCCAAGAAAAUAUGAAAUUUUUCAGAAUUGGAAAAAUAUUACCAUCUGAACAUUUUUCAAAAUUAAAACCUUAAAACUUAAAUCAGAAAAAAGGUCCUUUUACUAGAGGGGUUCAUAAGAGAGUUUUUACCAGAAGUUUAUGUUAAUUUUCAUAACCA